ACAAUCGCAUACACGCUACGUGCAAUGAUCGUGUUUGCCGUGGCAGGGGACCGUUGGCAGUAGAUGGAGCAAAAUUUGCAAUGCAUACAUUUUCACUCUGUCAAUACGCGUUUGGCUCCACAAUAGCAAAUGAUCCAUUCGAACAUCAUCUCGCAUGCUAACAUGCAUGCAUGCAUCGACGCAUGACUUCACUAGAAAUUGUACCAAAUUAACACACACCCAAAACGGUCUGAGAACAUGGUCAGUUUCCUCGAAUCAACGAUAAUAGAAUCCACUCGGAAAACGUCAUUCUAGCGCUUACUAUUUUCCCACCGAACUGCAUCACACAAUGCUUCACCACUUUGCCAAAUCUCAUCAAACACAAACUCCAACCCCAAGCGGACAGGGGUUUACUUUAUAAACGAUUUCCCUGUAAUCGACACGGUAUGAUCUAGCAGCAUCCACCGUGUGCUAUCGGAGAUGUGCAUAAUUCGCUCAGUAUUUUUCCAAGCUCGUCACUACCGAUCAAUGAAAUUCAACACUGACGUCAAGCUGGCGCAGGGAGUCGACCAGCGAUCGAUGUUGGGCGAAAAAUGCCACACAGAAAUAUGACGUGAUCGCUUUACAUUUUUCGCUAAUUUUCAUUCAAACAACCCUUGAGCUAGAGUAUCGAUCAUUACUACAUGAUCAGUAGUAGUACGCACCUGGCCCACAGGUAGAACUCUGACAGCCGUUGAUGAUGAUGAUUGUGCGCUUAUUUGACGUACGAGUCGUACAGUUGGAGCUAAAUUUAGAUCAUUACGUUACCACGCUGGUCGGAGCUUGCCAGUAAAGGGGAAACAAGUUUGCACGGUACACACGAUCGACCUUUUUGCAGUUGAUUGGCUAGCCUCAGGGUCCUCGUUCUAUCGCUACGGACUCCAUCGUUUUUAAGGUGUACUAGACCGCCCCAUUUGUGUCUAGUUUUCCGAUUGGUCAACCCGUACAUAUUUCAAACAGACCAAUCGUGUGCCACAAAUUCGGAAACGAUCUAAGCUGUGGCUGUUAAAUAAUAUGGCCGUCUGGACACAGUGCAACAAAGUAGGUUGUUCCAGGAAUGGCACCGGUCUUAUCAGCCACCCAACACACAUGUGUUUUUGGAUGUCAUUUUACAAUUGGUCAUUUAUUUAAUAGAUCCCUCGAACGAACCUCGAUAGCGAUCAGCGCAUUUUGGUACCGAGGAGAACCGAGAAUGCCGGUCCGAUAACGGAUACAUGUGGCCGAUAGGGUUGAUGAGAUGUUUUGAUUAGUGACAUCAGUCAGUGGUAUAAAAGACGCUACCACUCCCGUCGGUAGAAGCUAAAUACACUUCAGUUGUUCACGGUGAUACGUCGAAGCGUGCAGUACUAUGCCGGAACGAUCUUGCCACGGAGCGAAGCGAGAAACUAUCGCGAUGAUGGAGCAGCUGGCACGCGUAGCUGAACAGCUAUUGAGCGAGAUACUAAAGCAGGUGGGGACUAGCAGUGGAACUAGAAGCGUUGUUUUCGGAAGCCAUCUUCACGAACUUUAUUCGGUGUGCCAGUCUCCAGUGAAGCGUGUAGACCUUGAACACUGGUAGCCUUCCCCGAGUUAACGUGUGGUGAUGCCAGUUUGCGAAUACUAAUGAAUCGUGUAGCUCAUAAUGUUAGGGGCAACUCUGUUCUAGCUUUGCUAGUUUGAGAUGACGCAGACCAUACGGACGCUAGACAUAAACGACACUAGCGCACGGAUAACCGGCAACACACACACACGAGCGCCGAAAGCUCUAAAGCGCGUUCAUUGCAGUAAACGACAUUUGUUUGCAAAACCUACCACCGAAAGCCCUGUGUUUGUUGGAGAAGCAGUGAGACGCGCUGGACCGGUUGUGGCUGUUCGAUCAGCAGCAGCAGCAGUAGUGCAUGAGAACAAGACGCACCAUUCAGAACUUUGAUGUGAGCGGAGUGGGUGAGAAAGAAAUAAAAAAAAAACGUGACAGAGAACAGAGCAGGAAAUGGCAUUACGCGAAACGAUGGCGUAGUAGAAUGUUAUGCCUGCCUUUAGUACUCUCGUAGAUUUUAUUGGCUAGCGUUAGAAGCUUUUUUUCGCUCACUAUUACUGUUGCUGACGUUCCCAGCGACGUCAACGAUGCUGACUGUAUAGAGUUCGAUCGGGGAAUCAUAGUUCCGAACUGUGGUGGAGAAGGCAGAGGAGGGCGAGUAUGGAAUUCGCGAAACUCCGCUUGCGUUGUAGUUGUUGGUGUUGGUGUAUGGCGGGGAUGGCUAUAGGAUCUAGAAUUGCCACCGGCACGUUGCUACACCUUGUUCUAGGUCUAGCAGCAUGUGUCAGUCUGUGAUAUGUUUCGGAAGACGCGAUACACGCUUCCCGGGGCGCGUGCAGAUCGGCUGUGAUCUAGUUUCUAACGCCCCAAACCGUACCGGCCGGUAACUAUACUUCAGACGUGUACGCAUCGUACGCGGAACUGUUUGAUCUGUCGGUGCUACCGAACGACGGUGAGGUCCCACUGAGUCCUCAGUCGCAGCAGCAACAGCAGCAGAACGGUUUCGGCGGACCAGCUCAAAGCCCGGAGUACAUCCCGGCCACGAUCUUCCACGACGUGCCGACUGGUGGCGGGCCGAUGCAGCAGAUGAAACAGGAGCACACGUCGGCGGCCUGGUCGGACAGUUGGAGCAGCAGCGGUUACAGCAGCUGCGGUAGCAUCAUCAGCAGCAACCCGGCAUCACCGGAAUCGACCGCCUCGUCCUACGGUUUGCUGGAUCAUCCACACCAGCAACCACUCAGCAGUCGUAGCAAUCUGUCACCAUACAACGGUAUCGGUUUGCUAGACCAGCCCAUCAAAACGGAGUACGACUCCGGUGCGGAAACUAGCAUCGAUCUGGAGUCGCUGCUCGGUGACUCAUCGCCCUACCAUCAGUCACAGACACCGUCACCGGCCUUCGUGAAGGUGGAGCAGAACUACGGGCAGCUUGAGCAGUCACAGCCGACUAAACCGCACGGUGGUUUCCAGAUACUGCGGGAACAUCUGCAGGAUACCAGCUUCCAGCGGCGUCAUAACCUGAAACCUUUAGAGCUGGAUUCGCUGAUCGGAGGGCUGACGACCCAUGCCGAUAUCGGGCCGGUGUUUGAGUUCGCGCUGCAGGAGAUGAAGAACGGUGUACAGGCGACCUGUACCGAGCUGGGCAUCUCCUCCGAUCCCAAGCAAUGGACAACGGCAAAGGUUCACCAAUGGUUGGAGCUGGCGAUGGGCAAAUAUUUCCUACCCCGGCUGGACAACCUGGCUGCCUUAUUCCCAGAGAAUGGAGCCCAACUUGCAGCACUUCCGCUGGAAGAGUUUGUGCGCCGUAUACCACAGGGUGGUGAUAAGCUACAUGGCUAUCUGGAACUGUGGAAACAAAUUCACCGGUUGAUGGUGGGCGAUAAUGCAACCAUUGACAGUAUGGUCACCGAAAGUCUUACCAGCGGUGGUGUCAUCUCUUCGAUGGGCUGUACCAGUGGGAAUAAUAGCAGCUUUGGAGGAGGAUUGUCACAAGAUAGUAUCCAUGGAGGAUUGAUAGUGCCCAACAGUGUUGGAAGCAGCAUCAGUAACGUUACUACCGGUCCAAGCUCAAGCCCUUCAAUGGUGGAGAACUUCGACAGUGACUCCAUGAACGGAGACAUCAGCGAUGAUGACGACGAAGAUAUGCCCCUGGAAAGCCCCGGGAGCUCAUCAUCAGCUGGAGGUGGUGCGUCCACAACUACCGCUACCAGCGCUGGGCAAACCGGAACCGGUCCAACACCGAAAGCACGCCACGGAGGGUCCCACAUCCAUCUGUGGCAGUUUCUGAAGGAACUGUUGGCCUGUCCGGAACAGCACCAGAACGCAAUCCGCUGGAUCGAUCGAUCUAAGGGUGUGUUUAAGAUCGAGGAUUCGGUGCGCGUCGCUCGAUUAUGGGGUCGUCGCAAGAACCGACCCGCGAUGAACUACGACAAGCUGUCGCGGUCAAUACGACAAUACUACAAGAAGGGUAUCAUGCAGAAAACCGAACGUUCGCAGCGGCUCGUCUAUCAGUUCUGCAGUCCAUAUGCAUUGUAAAGCAAGGAUUGACACAGUUGAGAUAGAAUUUUAAGCUUCCUUAUACUCCCCUUACAUUCCCCGCACUCCUUACCCAGUUAGCCGUUAGAAUAUUAUUUAUGACUUUUAAUUUAUUGCUCUAGAAAGCGCCUAGCGCUUAAACAAAACUAGACAUUAAGUGCACUUUUACCAAUCGUCAAGUGUCCAAAAGCACAACCAUCAUUGCUUGGCAAUCCGUUUGCCAACUCCAUUUGUCUACCUAUUUGUCUACCGUCUGAUAAGUUAGGUUAGAAUGGCACAAACCUUUCGCAAUGAUGUGCACCAGCCUCCAAUUGUAAUCACUCUUUUGUAUUAUCACACGGGCAUGAUCGUUCCGCUGUACGUGUGCGUGUGUUGAUCUACACCGGUAUACUCGUUUUGGGUAGUAUUAACCCAAACGGAUUACCACGGAUGACACGCACUACACGGAAGACAUGAGCUUUAGGAUAAUAUUCUUUUAAAAUGAUGUGAUUACUUACCGUCCAUCUGGGUCAGCUGAGAAUGGCCACAGGAGAUGUCACCGGUGAUGCUCAUCUCCACAAGCUUCUGCCAUUAGGGAUUGUUGCUUCGUCGAAGAUCAUCAAUCAAUAAUCGGUUUGAAAACUCUCGUAAAACAUCACCAGCAACAACACGCUUCUCUGCUCUUCUUCUUCUUCUUCACAUUGGCAUCCGUUCGAUUCGAUUGAUGAAGAGGAACCAGCAGCGGUUGACAGCUAGCGGACAUCCAUUCACCGUGUCCUUGUCGGUGUCCGCCAGUCAGACAAGUGACUAUAAGCUGGAAUGUAUACCGGCUUCGUUCGUCUGCACUGUGGACAUACAGUACAAUGGUACACGAUUCGCGUGUCCACCUAAUCGUUUACUUUUUAACGUAUUGCUUACCGUUCUGCUGCGUGCUGGUUUCCGGGCGCACCGGGUAUUACGGGCGCCUGGCCGCAAUGGCAGAAUCGGUAAUUUCGGUCCCAUAUAUCUAUGAUAUAUUUUUACUGUAAGUUCUAUGAACAUUACAUGUUUAGGUAGCAUUCACGAUCGUUAACUAGGUAUAGCAGAACCCGUACGGUAGGUUUAAGCAAUAGAGUAAGAUCUAUAACACUCUCUCACACCAACAAACGCCUUCCGGCGUUUUGAGUGAGGUUUGCCUUGCGCAUAGUUAGUAAGAGCUCUUCUCUAUUCUGUCUUCUGUCCAAUCACUUAGCUUCGUGUGUUCUAUCCUAUGCUUUACUUUACAUCUCACUUUUCGAAACGGAAGCUUUCCACCAUAGCUCUACACAAGCAUGGCGUAAGGCAUUUAGACAUUAAAGAAAAUAAAUCGGUUCACCUCACGAACCUCAAUGUCGUUAUCAGGCGACAAAAUUAGGCUAUCGUUGCAAUAUUUGAAAUAAUGAUAGGUGCAAAAAAAAUAAAGCGAACCAGAAACCGGGAUACACCUGCUCCCGAAAUUUCGUUGUUAGAAAGUUAAGAGAAAAGGAAGCCAUACAGUUAUCAGUCAGGUGACGCAACCGAAUCAACAGUCGUCGAUGAGAAACAUAGAGCUCACUUUCUCAUCGUAGACUUUUCAACGGUUAUCAGAGAUCAUCAGGAAUGGUAAAGGACCACGGCAAGCGCUUCAUCUAGAAACGUUGAAUCUUCACUUAAUUGGGGUAAUGAGUAUGAAGUUAAAAGCGUUUUUAAACACAUUUAAGAAUUGUCUUCAAGUUAGAAAGGAGACCUUUCCCCGUUAGUAUAACGAUGAAAACUUUAACCUUAAAUAGUACUACAUUAAGCCUUUGUUUUGUUUCACAUAUUUCUUCCACCGGGUGUUUGGGUAGCUCCAACGUGGGGCAUAAUACGGUAGGCGCUAAGUUUUGCAAACAGCAAUGAAAAUCUACAAAUAACUACAUGUGAUUUAAGUGCCUUUUCUUGAUGUAAUAACAAACACAUACAAAAAAACACUCGUAAUGUAUAAUCACAAUAUUUUAUAUAUUCGAUCGAUCGAUUAGAUUAGUAAACUUCGCCGUUAGAUUACGUUUCCAAUGCUAAUACCACAAUGUUAGAUGCCACUUAAUACACACGUCAGAUCUUACACUGUAACUUUUGGUCAGAAUGUUGUUUUGCGGUAGAAACACUGUAAUAUGUAAUGUGAAUUUAUUUGUACAAUAAACUAGAACUAAACAAAAACAA